AUGGUUGUCAGCUAUCCGUCGGCUGCAGAAGGCAGUGCCUGGAGCUUUUUUACCAUCACCCCCAGGCUACUCUUUAAGAUUCGAGGCUCCAUCGUGCCGCAUUUGUUGCCUCAGCUGCUGGUGAUCGAAGGCAUCUCCGUUGCAGCUGUGCUCCUAGUGGAGGACUACGCUCCGACAAAUUUUGGGGAGCAGGUUCAGAGCGGCACAGCGGCAGUGACCAUCCUCCUGUCCUUCUUGCUGGUUCUGAAGACGCAGGAAGCCUGCAAGCAGUUCUGGGAAGCUUUGGAUGACUUGACGACGAUGUGCCACCUGCUGCGCAGCAUUUCAAUGACCGUCUGCAGCAUGGUGAAGUGGGAGGCCCAUCCUGAAGUGGCAAACAAUGCAAAGAGGAUUGUAAGGCUGCUUGCCCUGUAUUACCUAACUGUCGUGGAGUUCUUCCAGCGGACUGGUUCCAAUGCCACCGCCAGCAAGAAGACUCAAGACAGGCUGCGAAGGGAUGUUGCAGCAUUGGCCGGCGACACUGAAUGGACGAUCUUGUAUCCCGGAGAGCACAAGUCCGUAGAGGGCUCGAAGUCUGUACACGACAACACAAGACCCUCCAUCAUCCUAUUCUGGAUAGAGCUCUCCAUGCGAAAGAUACUGGAUCACCAGGCAGUUGAGACGGACGUCAUGAGCUUCAUGCUCGGCAAACUGGAUGCUCUGGGUGAAAAGUUCUGGCAUAUGGACAAGAUUGAUAAGACACAAUUCCCAUUUCCAUAUUGCCAGAUCGUGAAGUGGAUCACCUUGGUCUUUCUGGGAUUCCUUCCCUUCGGCUUGGCACAGCUCUGUCGCUGGUGGACCUUGGCAUUCGCGGCGAUGGCCACCAUAGGCUUCUACGGAUUGGACGAGGUGGCCGAAAUCCUUGAGUCCCCGCUUGGAAACGAUCCAAACGAUCUGGAUUUGCGGGCCUAUGGCGAUGCGCUGAUGUCCGACAUGGAACUCAUCUGCCGCUGCAGGGACAUGAACCUUGACUUCGUUUUUCAACCGCAGGAGCACGUCGAUUUCUCGCAUCUUCUGACCAGCUUUGACACGAAGAAGAAGUUCCACGAGCGCUUCUCCACGAACCUGAGUGCGGUUGCCUCGAAGCGAGCUCACUCGAUAAACUCGGACAUAGAAAUCGAGACAAAACCUCGGAAGACGACGGUAGUGACGACUGAAGGCCUUCACUCCGUAUUGCCAGGAGCAAUCGCUGAUUGA